CUUGUUGGUUGAGUAACUGGCUGGCUUGCUGGUUGACUAACUGGCUGGCUUGCUGAUUGACUAACUGGCUGGCUUGCUGGUUGAUUAAUUGGUUGUCUGCCUGAGUGGCUACCUGGCAGCGUGAAUGCCUGCCUGAUUGCCUGGCUGCCUGACUAACUGGCUGACUGACUGCCUUAAUAACUGCCUGACUGACUGCCUGGCUUCCAGACUAACUGCCUGACUGACUGCCUGACUGACUGACUGCCUGCCUGCCUGCCUGCCUGGCUGCCUGCCUGGCUGCCUGCCUGGCUGCCUGCCUGGCUGCCUGCAUGGCUGCCUGGCUGCCUGCAUGGCUGCCGGGUGCUGCGUCGGCUGCUGGUUUGUUUACAAUGUUGACAGGAAGGCCUCCAGCUGCCUUUCCUCGCCUCUUGUGGUCACAUUUGUGUAGCAAGCUGCUUCAUGGUGCCCCAAGGCACCCGGGGCACACCCGGGCACUGGUCACGUCAGUGGUGAGGGGCGAGGAGAUGAGCAGGAAGGCCAGACAUGAGGGAGGUGAGGAGAGGGUGGUGGUGGCGGCCCCACAGAUGACAGAGGAGUCCAUCAGGCAGCUGGUGGCCUCACUCACUGUGGAUCAGAGGACGGCACUCAUAACCGAAAUCCACCUAGUCCAGGCUGUCGAGACUAAGAAGAAGGCAGAAGAGAAGUUGGCAUCUUGGCGAUGGAGAUCACGUUUUGGUCGCCCAGCAUCGUUACAUGCUCUUGGGCCAGACCCUACAGGGACAUACUGUGAGAUACCUACAGAAUGGCUCCAGAAGAAAGUUGCUGAGAAGACGAAACCUAAAGCCCCUACUGUAGCAGAGCUGAGACAGUUGGCUGUGCAUAAUGCUCUGCCUUUUAUUGGUUUUGGCUUCCUCGACAACUUUAUCAUGAUAGUUGCUGGUGAUUAUAUUGAUGUGACAAUUGGGACUGCACUUGGUAUCAGUACAAUGGGAGCUGCAGCACUUGGCAAUACCAUCAGUGACCUGGCUGGCAUAGGUUCGGCUUGGUACGUUGAGAACAUUGCUGUAAAGAUUGGUAUUCGAGCACCUGAGCUAAGCCAGGAGCAGCUGGAUCGAUGGUCUUCAAGAUGGUCGGCCAAUGCAAUAGGUUUUUUUUAUCAGCCAUAUAGUCCAAGAAUGAUUCUUGUGUGGCAUGUUGGACAUGUUCUUGGCAUGAAUGAUGAUUUAUUUUGGUGGAAGAAACAAGGAUUUUAA